AUGGCACCAGAAUUUCCCUUUGUUACCGAAGCAGACGAUCAUUGUGAAUCGCCACUAGAUGCCUAUCAUGACAUUAUGCCACUACUGAAGCAUCUCUCCGGUAAUGAAACUGAAAAGUUUUGUAUUUACGAUCCGUACUAUUGCGACGGAGGUGUCACACGAAAUUUGAAUGAGUUGGGCUUUCCGAACGUAUACAAUCGAAAAGAAGAUUGUUAUGCUGUUUGGUCAGAUGUCGACCAAUGUCCGAAGUUUGACUGUCUUGUUACAAACCCUCCCUACAGCACUGACCAUAUUGAAAGAUUAGUCAAACACGUAACGUCGAGCACUUUUACAACGGGCAAACCGUGGUUUCUGCUCUUACCACAGUGGGUGCACAAGAAAGAGUUCUAUCAGGCCGCCACGGAUGCCUUGAGACCCUUUUACCUUGUCCCACACAAACGGUACGUUUAUGUUCCUCCCAAGGAUUUCCGAGAAUCCAGGAAGAGUGAUGUGCACAAGAAAUCUUCGCCCUUUGUGUCUAUGUGGUACGUGUACGGAGGCUCGGCCAAACAGACUGAAGCAAUCAUUCGAACGUAUCUGCAGAUACAAAAUGCUCCGUGCGACCUUGCACGAAGCAAGAGCGCCUUGCGCGAUUUGCGGAGAAAAAAGCGAUAG